AUGUUGGGGAGCGGGUGGAACGCGGCGCUCCUAUUGGCUGCCGCUCGCCCGUAUAAAGAGCCGCAGUGGCAAAUUCAACGCAGACCAACUGCGGACAUCCUGCGAGAGACCCUCCGACGCCCGAGCACACUGGGACGAAUUCAGCGCCGAUUCUGCCGCUUGUUUUCGACGAGGGGACGAAAACAGACGAACAAACCGUGGAGCACCAUGAAGGAAAGGAGAAAUACACAACCGCUCGUCGUGAGAUGUAAACUGGUUCUUGUGGGAGACGUUCAAUGCGGAAAAACCGCGAUGUUGCAAGUGCUGGCGAAGGACUGUUAUCCAGAGACCUACGUGCCCACGGUAUUUGAAAACUACACAGCCUGUCUGGAGCUGGAGGAGCAGCGAGUGGAGCUCAGUCUGUGGGACACCUCAGGUUCUCCAUACUAUGACAAUGUGAGGCCCCUGUGCUACAGUGACUCGGAUGCAGUGUUGCUGUGUUUUGACAUCAGCCGUCCUGACACCGUGGACAGCAGCCUGAAGAAGUGGAAAACUGAGAUCCUAGACUUCUGUCCAAGCACACGCAUCCUACUCAUUGGCUGUAAGAUUGACCUGCGCACAGAUGUCUGCACGCUGAUGGAGCUGUCCAAUCAGAAACAGACUCCCAUCACCUAUGAGCAGGGCUCUGCUAUGGCCAAGCAGCUGGGUGCAGAGGCUUACCUGGAGUGCUCGGCGUUCACCUCGGAGAAAAGCAUCCACAGUGUGUUCCGCACCGCAGCGAUGGCCUGCAUCAACAAGCUGCAGCCCCUCCCAAAGCCCAGCCCCACCCGCCGCCUCUCCAAAAGACUUCUCCACCUGCCCAGCAAGUCGGAUUUGCUCACCUCCACCUUCAAGAAGGAGAAGGCCAAGAGCUGCUCCGUCAUGUGAGUGAAGACCUCUUAGGGUUACAGUCCUCACAUGCGACCCCCGGCCCCCUGCCUCUUUGGUCUCGGGGAAGGGGGGGUGGGCAUGAUGGUUUUAUCAGGGCUUCCUGCUGAAUCCUUCCCUCACUCCCCCGCAAACAAAACACCCCUCGGGAGAGGUGGACACCUCGCUGUCCACUUGCUCCUGAACCUUUUAGCGCACAUCCAUCUUUUUCCACUACUCUUUAUCUUGCAUUCAAACAAACAAAAUCAGUCAAGAUUUGAUCAUCAAGCUAUCUUUUUUUUUCCACCUGUAUGCAACUACAACGGUAUUACAUCUGUCCUCUUUUACUAUCUCUAGGCACAUGUUGAUUUUGUCCAAAUUGGAAAUGUGCAACGUGUGACGUUCAAUCUUGUGAUGUAAAUGCCUCCUAGACAAUUCAAUGGAUAUUUUUCUAAGUACAAAAAUAAAUCUAGCAUGAAACCAUCACGAACCAGCAAAAAAUCCUGUACAACCCUCUCAGCAAGGUGUGUGAAGUGCGAAUUGGCUCGUCGCUGGCGUCCCCAUUUAGGCCUGUGAAAGCACAGAGGCGUAGAGGGAGCAGAGCGACGAACCACCGUCAGAGCUGUUACGUAGAGGUGUUUUCUCAUUGUCUCGUGGCGAUGAGAGCAGGGAUAAGAGCUGUGAGGGCAGGCGGCUGUGCAGACAGCAGUCUAGACUAUAUCAACCUGCAUGGAUUGUUGAUGCAUGGUUGUGAAGCUCUGGGCGGCUUUCAGUGGACUAAUUGGAGGAGGCUGAAGAGUCUCGGUGUGUAUAAAACGACUGCAGAAAUCUGGACACACAAAAAAUAAAGGGAGGUGUAGCCAUGUUCCUGGUGUCUCUGCUGUCACAGCUGGAGUCUUAUUAUAAAAUACUGUGUUGACGAUGGGGCAGACACGUUUAAGCAGAUGACAAAAAAGAUGCUUGUUGCUGUGACCAGGAGCAUCAACACAAACGGUUCAACGCUGAGCUUUCGAGCUAUUUAUGAAGCUGUGGCUGGUUAUGGAUGCCAGUGCUAUGAGGCAUAUUUAACAGCAUAAUGUCACCUACCUAAUUCAGGCUCGCUGCUAAAGGGAGGAUCUGGUUUGUAAUUUCAAAUAUUCCUCAGAAGAUUUGUAGCAUUGUAUUGUUGACAGUUUUCCAACAAUUCUCAAAUGGUAUGCAGUUUUGAAAAAAAAAUCUUUAAUUUAAUUUUCCCAAAAGUAACUGAGAUUUUUUUUGACAACUAUGCCUGUGGAUUUUCUCGAAUUUCCAAUAAUCCAAUGUAGCACCCCCAACCUGACUAUUCUUCCAAGAUGACUCUAGUUUUUGUGUCGUAUUCCUCUGGUUAAUCUAUUGACCUCCAUGGAGCAGGACUUACUGUAGGCUACAGUGACUUACGGAGCAAAACAUGGACCCUUUUCUGAGCUUAAAUCUUUGGCUUCAUGGUUACGUGUGUGUGCAGCAUUGAUCUGUGUGCUUCUAACCAUAAAGCAAUAAUGAUUUAAGUGCUUGUGACGCAAGGUAACCUAUGCGGCAAUAAAGGCGGAGCUUUGUGAUUACUAUCAUGCUAUAAGUGCUCAAUGGACAUCUGACAAACACCAUCUCUGCUGUACAAAGAGGCUGCCGAUAUGUGUUUGCCCAUCAUCCUACGUGUAAGUAGCCACUGGUAUGUAAAACCAAUGUUGCAGUUAAAAGAUUGGCGUAUAAGAGGGAACAAUGUUCAGUGCGUUGGAGAUGCUCGACUUUGCUGUCAAUUUUACAUAAUCAUAACUAAAGAGUACUGAGGCAGCCGGACUUGCUUGAAUUGCUUGUGUGAGUUGACAGUGAUAUGCUUUUAAAAUUGGAAAUAUUCUUCAAAAGUCUAACAAUCAUCUUGUAAAAAGGGCUAGUGUGUGGGGAAAAAAAGGAAAUACCGUGGGACUAAGGAGAACAAGUAAACAAUUAAAAAAAAAAUGCACAGGCUGGCCCUGUCCAAAGAAAGUUAUUUUUCCAUAUUUUUCCAUAAUUCUUUUUUUUUUGUAUUUAAUAGCAUGAUGUGAGUACCAGUGUUGUUUUUAGAAAUAUCUCCCUGAGAUGGUUGUAGCGUCUGUAUGCAGCUGGGGACUUCCCCUGGUAGUCGGAGGAACUUAAAGUGGUGAUUUGCACAAAGGCUUCCAGUUCACGAUCACACACCGAAUUCCUCAGCAUUGCCUAGCAACAAUUCAGCAUAGGAAACAUGGGCUCUUGGGUUGAUUUUGUGGACAGAGGCGGCUGGCUCACAAUAUGUUAUUAUAGCAUCAGUUAUGCAUUUAUUGCCAGGCUUGUUUAAAUAAAAGAUGCAUUGAAUGCCAGGCUUGUUUGAAAAAAAAAAUUCUUGAUACUUUUGUUGGGUUGGCGCUGUGAUGCCAGGCCUUCUGACGAUGGGAUCGAUGGGCAGCUCAUGGGUAAGAUGAAAAAGACCUUGUCAGUUAAUAUGCAGCCUUUGUGUAGUAGUCAGUGUGUGGUCCAAUGGUGCAGUCAAACUCCUAAGCAUGUCCUAUUAAAGUUGUAUGAUUGUACAUACUGUCUCUUGUUUUAUAAUCACUGUAAGAUAUCUUCAAGGAUGUCACAAGAAAAUAUUGUUAUUGAUGUGAAUAUUUAUUUGGGAGCUUUUUUGUCUUUUUUUUUCCCUUUUAUUGACUGACAUGUACAUUUGUUUAGAAGAAAUUUUGAUUUCUUCUUUUUGCUGUGUUAAAUAAAGCUUGCCCUGUCCGGCACCCUUGAA